AUGCACCGUGCCGACUACGACGAUGCCUUUGAUGCCAUGCACUGUGCCCGGCUGCGGAAAAGCGUGCCGGAUAACGCCAGCAAGGUCGUUCUCAGCGACGCCCAUCUCUUUGCCGCCACGCCGCAGGCAAGCCACAUGCUCCGUCGCUGGCGCAGCUUUCCCAUCAUGGUUCACCCGCCGCAGACCUGGGAUGCCGCAAGCAGCUCGGCUGUCUCGGACCUGGCCGCUGUCCAGCGGAACGCACUCCGCCUCGGCCCGCUGCUCCACGUCCCGCUCACCGGGCUCAUCCUCCUUCUCACCGCUGCCCACGCCGAGCUGCGGGCCAUGGUCAAGGACCUCCUCGCCGACUUUCACGUUGUCACCCCGGGUGAGGCCAAGGCAAACGAGUCUGUCACCUCGCUCGACGCCGCCAGCCUCGCGCCGGUCCUCGAAUACAUUCUCGCGCUCCUCGACCCCGUCACCCCGUCGGUCCCGCUCGACUCGAACCUGCCGCGCUCGUUCCGUCCGGCGCUCGCCCACGACGUCCUCUACGACGCGCUUGUUGUCCUCCUCGAAGCCUGCUCCACCGCUGCCAUCGGCGUCCUCUCCGUCCUGCUCCCGCGCCUAGUUCCGCGCCUCGCCGAGCUCUUCCAGGCGAACGUACUGCCUCUGGUCAAGGGCGCGACCGGCCACGGUGGCGACGCCGACCGCCGCUCGCGCUCGCGCCUCCUCCGGCUCGUUGUCAUUUUCCUCGACCACCUCCGCGCCGCGUUCUGGGAGUCGCAGGACGUGCUCGAUCCAACCACCUUUGCCGCGUACCUCGACAUUGCUCCAUCGCUCGAACUCAUCGACGCUCUUCGCCUUGUUGUGCUCUCGCUCGCAGGCGUUGGCCGCGACUCGGUUGUUGCCCAGUGGAUUGUGUGGUCGUCGCGGGUCGAGACCUCCAGCUCGGCGCUCUCCGCUCCCUCGCCCAUCACAUGCUUCCUCGCCCACCUUGUUCGCCUCCUCUUUGACUUUGCCUCGCCUGCUUCGCACCGCCAUCGCCGCCAUCUCGCCGACGCUGCGGCGUCUACCGCAGUCUUUAUUGUAUGCACUACAUACGACUCGCCACGUCUCGAGCCACUCCGGGGAUGGAGCGACAUCGACAAGAAGCUCGCCUUUGCUGCCUGGCACGCGGUGGCCGGCACUGAGCCGACCACCAUCGUGCCGCUCACUAUUUGCCCGCCCGAUGCACUCUCGCUCCUCACUGCUGCCCUCCGGUGCGAGCUUGCACAUCUUGCCGCGGCCGCCACUGCUCUUGCGGAGCUACCGUGGCGAAGCUGUGAGCUCGCCACCCCGCCGCCCGGUCGUACCGCACACUCCAGCGCUCUCUUUCCUUGGUCGCCAGACUGUCCCGUCCAGCCGCCGUCGCACAUGCACGGCAGCAUGAUCCUCGCUCUUGCGCCACUCGCCGUCAUUGCGCUCCCGCCUGACAAGAGCGACCUCGCUCUCGCCGACGCCUUCAACUCGGCUACCCAGUACAUGGAGAGCCUCCUCAGUCGCAUGCCCGUCAACGAUGCCUCGGGCCGAUUCGCCGUCCUCACCUCGCCGUCGCUUGCCCGCGCCAUGCCCUUCCUCCUCGUCUCGCGCCACGCCGGCAUCCGUGCCACCGCGCUCCGCCUCUCUGGCGGCGCUACUGAUCCUGCUGCUGCUGCUGCGACACUCCACCGGGCCGCUGCCGACCAUCAACUCCGUGACGCGCUCUCUGCUGGCUGGGCUCACCUCGCUACCGUCAUCCGCACCCAUGCCAUCCACUUUUCAGUCUACCGGCAUGCCUUUACCACCCUCACAUCAGCCCACACAGACGUCAACGACGCCGGCAUUGUCGCCGUUUGGCAGCUUGCCGCCUCGGUUCUCGCGUCGGCCGCCAUUGACCACGAGCGCCCCAGCUCGAUUCAUCUCGAGCCACAGGUGCUUGUCUUUUUCCAGUGUCUUCAUCCCAUCUGCAGGCGCCUCACCUCGAUGCCAGCGCCGCCGCCCGCCUUUCUCGUUUCGCUGCCGGUCGUUCUUUGCUCGCUUUUGGCGUGGAAGCCGGUUGUCGAGACCCACAUUCGGCUGCGCCCGCUCUGGCGCGCCGUCAAGGACCUCAUCCUGGACUGCCUCGUUCAACACAGGCCACCGCUCCCGGAGCGGGUCGUCGCCAUCGUCACCGCCGCCGACCCGCGCGCCGCCAAGCGGCUUGCCAACCUUCUGCGCCGCGCCAACUCUACAGCCGACAACGCCGCGCUCGACAACGCACUGCCAUCCUUUUCUGCCGUCCGCAGCGUCACCGGCGAGGGCAGCGCCCUUUCGGGCCCCGCCUGCGCUGCCCUGCCCGAGGACCAGGGUAUCGGCCUCACCGACCACGACCUCGAGGUGGUCACCCUCCGCGCUGUCCCUCGCGACGCCGCCCUCUCUUCAGCCGAGCGUCACAGUGCCAUUGUCGCUCGCGCUGCCAUGAUCGAGGCUGGCUCGAGCGACGAGUCGACGGCCUCCGACAACGACAACAGGAGUAGCGGGGGCGAUGAAGACGAUGGCGGUGGUUCCGCCACCUCUGCGCUUGACAACGGCUCCAACGACGUUGCUCCACCUGCUGAAGACGACGGCGGCAAUGACAAUGACGACGACGAUGAUGUUCCCAUCUCGGCGCUGCCACUUUACCGCCCACCUCGAUCCAAAACGACGCCAGCCCCCGCACCGGCUCACGCGCCUCCCGUCGCGACAACACAACCCGAGGCUCGUCCUGCCAAGCGCAUCAACGCAUGGGACUUGCCCGAGGUCAUCGAGGCAGUCAAGGACGUAACUCUGCCCAAACAGCGGAAGGCGACAAAGCAGCUCUCGUUCUCCGAACUGCCGCCGGAACAGGUGCGGGCUUCGACAAGGCCGCGAGCCGGCGGCCGUGGGCAGGCUGUGGCACGGACCUCGCAAUUUGUGCCACCGCCACGGUCGUCGACGGCCGGAACGUCGUCAUCAUCGUCGUCAGGACCGAUUGAGAUCAAGUCGACUCGGCGGCCGUCGCAUGCGUCUGGCGCGCCGACAACCCGGACGCCCGACUUUCUCGGCCAGUUUGAUGCCGUUGUCCUCGGAUGGAACUUGUUUGUCCUCCCGGGCAACUCGUACUGGCGCGAGCUUCUCAAGUCGGUGCCCAAGAAGUUUAACAGCGUCACUUCGUACGGCAACAUCUUUUUUCCCAUGGUGCUCGCCGAGACCUGCGCUGCCAUCGAGUCUGCCCGCGACGACGGCUUUCCGUCGUCAAUUGGAGCCCGCGUCCUUGACCUCAAUCCGACGUCACCGUCGUCGGGCACAAUGCGCCUUGCCGUCCGCAGCGCGACAGACAUCGCCGCCGACACCUUUCGCAACCAGUCGCUUGUUGUGGUUCACACCAAGGCGAGCCUCGCGAAGGACAAUCCACACGUCCUCGCCAUCACCAGGGGCCAGACCAACGACGGCAUGUACACCAUCAGCUACAGCCUCAGUCGUAACUCGAACCGGCUCGAGUUUGUCCGCGGCCUGGCUAAGCGCAACGUCUUUGUCACGCGAGUCGUCUCGCUCAUCACCGCUCGCCGCGAGUGCACCGCCAUUGCCAAUCUCUCGUCCAUUGGCCUCCGACCCAACAUCAUCCACCCGAAUCCAAAGCCGCAAGACAUGCUCGCGCGCUGGAUCGACAGCACCGCGCCGAGCCUCGGCGACGCGUUUGCCCUCCCACGCCUGCGUUUCAUGCGCUGCGCCCUCAACGACAAGCAGUGCGAGGCGCUCCACGCCGCAACACACCUCCGCGGCAUCCACCUUCUCCACGGCCCACCAGGCACCGGCAAGUCUUCCACCAUUCUCGGCGGCCUCUCGCUUCUUCUUCGCUCGCGGAUCUUCUCCAAGUCGGGUGGCGGAGGCCGGCGCGGCCUGGGUAAGUCGGUCUCGCGCACCUCCCGCCUCGCCAAUAGCCAUCUCAACAUCAUGGGUGUUGAGUCGCUGCCAGCCGCGACUGCCUCGCCGGGCUCGACCACUAAUGUCAUGCUGCAGCCGAUGGUUGAGGCUCUCUUUCCGCACGGCUCAACCUCGAUGCGCUUCUCGCGCGAGGGCGGGUCGUACCCGCUCCUCGUCUGCGCGCCGUCAAACGGUGCCGUCGACGAGCUCAUCACCCGCAUCGCUACGCACGGCCUCAUCGACUGGUCCGUUCCGCUCGACAACAUGGACGAGGUGCUGAACGGCCCCGGCGGCGCCGCCGCCGUCACUGCCGCCGUCCGCGCCGCCACCGUCCGCCCGUGCAUCGUCCGCGUCGGCAGCGCCUCGCGCGGAACCAGCAAGACCGCAAACGCGUACUCGCUCGAUGCCCUCGUCCGAGCCCACGCAAACCGAGUCAAGUCCACCCACGCCGCCAUCACCGCCCGCCUCAACUCACUCCGCGAUAAGCUCGUCGCCCUCCAACAAGAAUCCGUGGUCGUCACCGCCGCCGCCGCCGCCUCGCGCGGCGCCGGCUCCGCCGCCCGCUUCUCCCGCAUCGACACUGAGCGCGAGCGGGUCUCUCACGAGAUUGCCGACCUUCAGCGCUCGCUCAACACGCGCGUCAACGCCGUCGAGCAGCGCAUUCUCGAGGUUGCCGACGUGGUCCUUUGCACCCUCUCGUCGUCCGCGCUCUCCAUCCUCUCCAAGCUCAACUUCCCGUACGUGGUCAUCGACGAGGCCGCGCAGGCGGUCGAGCCGUCGACCCUCAUCCCGCUCGCCCGCGGUGCCGACACGCUCUGGCUCGUCGGCGACCCGUGCCAGUUGCCAGCCACAGUCCUCUCCAAGGUCGCCGAGCAGGCCAACUACCACGCGCCGCUGUUUACCCGACUCAAGGACGCUGGCGUCUUUGCCAUCACGCUGCAGACCCAGUACCGUUUCCACCCGGAGAUCCGCCAGUUCCCCUCGCACUUUUUCUACGACUCGCAGCUGAUGGAGGGUGUCUCGGUUGCCGCCGCCACCCUCGACCCGCACCCGGUCUACACCGCCGCCAACCUCUCGCCGUACAUGGUAGUCAACGUGCCGCACUCGCGCGAGCACAACCGCCGCGGGCGGUCGACAGUCAAUCCAGCCGAGGCCGCCGCCGUUGUCGCCCUCGCCGUCGAAAUCCACAACCGCCUUUCCCGCUGCCGCAUCUCUCUCCGCAUCGCUGUCAUCACCCCGUACCGCGGCCAGGCACGCGAGCUCGAGCACCACCUCCGCCGUGCCGGCAUCGUCGUCCCGGUCUGCACCGUCGACUCGUUCCAGGGCCGCGAGGCAGACAUUGUCCUCCUCUCCACCGUCCGCGCCUCCUCCACCUCGGUCGGCUUCCUCGCCGACGUCCGUCGCAUGAACGUCGCCCUUACCCGAGCCCGCCUCGUCCACAUUGUGGUCUGCAACGUCGCCUCUCUCCGCAACGACCUCGCUUGGAACGAGCUCCUCAACGACGCCGCCUCGCGCGGGCCAUCGUCGCCGGGCGCUCGUCUCUCCACGUCCGCCAUCCCCAUCGCAUGA